ACUUGCGCGCUCGCGGCCACCCGGCGCCUGCAAAGCCGCUGCGCAAUGGCACCCGCCGGAGCCAAGAAGGGUAUUUUGGAACGUCUGGAGAGUGGGGAGGUUGUGGUUGGAGAUGGCGGUUUCCUCGUAACCCUGGAGAAGAGGGGCUACGUGAAGGCUGGGCUCUGGACUCCGGAGGUCGUGGUAGAACAUCCAGAGGCAGUUGGUCAGCUUCACAUGGAAUUCUUGAGAGCAGGAGCAAAUGUCAUGCAGACUUUCACCUUUUCUGCCAGUGAAGAAAAGUUGGAAAGCAAGUGGAAAGAUGUAAAUGCCGCUGCCUGUGACCUCGCCAGAGAAGUGGCUGACAAAGGUGAUGCUUUGGUAGCAGGGGGUAUCUGCCAGACAGCAAUAUAUAAACAGGACGCGGAUGAAGCAAGAGUUAAAAGACUUUUUCGACUACAAGUAGAGGUUUUUGCCAGGAAAAAUGUGGACUUCUUGAUUGCAGAGUAUUUUGAGCAUGCUGAGGAAGCUGUGUGGGCUGUGGAAGUCUUAAAGGAAUCUGGGAAACCUGUGGCAGCUACCAUGUGCAUAGGCCCAGAGGGAGACAAGAAUGACAUAACACCUGGAGAAUGUGCUGUGAAGCUGGUGAAAGCAGGGGCUUCAAUCGUUGGCGUGAACUGCCGAUUUGGGCCGGGGAUCAGCUUGAAGACAAUGAAGCUCAUGAAGGAAGGCCUCCAAGCUGCAGGAUUGAAAGCACAUCUGAUGGUGCAGUCUCUGGGGUUCCACACACCUGACUGUGGCAAAGGAGGGUUUGUGGAUCUCCCAGAAUAUCCCUUUGGACUGGAGCCCAGAACUGCAACCAGAUGGGACAUUCAAAAAUAUGCCAGAGAGGCCUACAACCUGGGGGUCAGGUACAUCGGCGGGUGCUGUGGAUUCGAGCCCUACCACAUCAGGGCGAUUGCAGAGGAGCUGGCCCCAGAAAGGGGCUUUUGGCCCGCCGCUUCUGAUAAGCAUGGUAUUUGGGGAACUGGCCUCAAUAUGCAUACCAAACCCUGGAUUAGAGCCAGGGCUAGAAGGGAGUAUUGGGAAAACCUGCUGCCAGCUUCUGGCAGACCUUUCUGUCCUUCGUUGUCAAAGCCAGACAGCUAAGGAGCAGUGAAAACCCUGGAAUAAUAAAACAGAAAGAAACCCCCCUCGAACCUCAUCUGGACCCCUCCUCAUCUUUAUCAUCAGCCCACUGUGAUGUUUCCAGCCGCUGAACAGCUCAUGUGAGGCAGCCCCUUCAGUGAAUUCUACAUGCGAGCAUCCCACUCCUAACGGAUGCUGCAGAGAACACAAUGGUGAUGAGAAGCGCUCCUUGUUCUCAGUAUUUACUGUCCAGGAAUUCUGCAGUACAUUGUUUUGAAGAUUAUCAAGAAUAGCAAAAAAAUAAAAAUAAAUACCUUAGAAGCUUAAGAGCAGCUAAUUGAAUAGCAAUUAAUAUCAUAAUCUUGAAAACCAGACAGACCUGAAUUUAAGUCCCAGGUCUGCCCCUGUUUGCUGUAAUGAUAGUGCCUAGCACAUAUGGUUGUCAUGUUUAUUAAAGUGAUAAAAGGUUCCAACAA